AAAUUUUACAAAACAAAAUAUGUAAUUUAUCACAGAAUUUUUGCAUUCCAGGAUAAAAUGCCAUUAGAAGAAAUUUUUAAUUGUUACGUAGAUAGAGCAAUACAGGUGGCAUUUACAAAAUUUCUUCUAAAUUUAUGUCCAAAUAUAACCAAAGUUGUACCAGCAUUGCAUAUCGGAAAAGGAAUUUUCAAGAAAACACCAAUUUUCGUGAGAAUUUCGUACAGUUCUAGAAUGUAUUAAUUUUUGAACGUUUUUCAAAAUUUCGCGCGGUACACAAUGUCUGUAAACAAAAUGGCUGUCGAAAAAUUAUUUGAAAGUGAUGAUUUUCUUGUAGUUAACAAACCUUACGAUAUGUAUAUUAAUUCAGACGAUGCCAAUGAGAAGAACACAGUGACCUGCCAUAUUGCAUCACACGAUUCCCACCUAUCCACAUCUUCGAAUCCACUAUACUUCGUCCAAAGACUCGACUAUUCUACCAGCGGCGUAUUAUGCAUAGCAAAGAAUAAAACAACCGCAGCAAGCGCGGGGAAGUUAUUCGAGAAGAGGCUGACUAAAAAGUAUUAUAUGGCGGUUAUAAGAGGACACCCUGAGUUUCAAUUGGCUGAAAUACGUUAUGCAGUGGGUACAGACCAAACACCGCACAACAGCCACCGCAUGUCUGUAGUGACAAACUCGACGAGUGCGAGUAACUCGCGACCAGCGCACACACGGCUUCUCGUCAUGGAGACUGGAUACUAUGGGGGCGAUCCUGUCGCUGUGGUGUUGUUGAAGCCUAUCACUGGUCGUCGUCACCAACUGCGCGUGCACUGUCACGCGAUCGGUCACACGAUACUCGGCGACUACACGUACAGUGACAGAGGCGAUAUCGCUCCUCACAGGAUGUUCUUGCAUGCUACUAGAUUGGUAUUGCCGUUGCAACAAAAACCUUUAGACAUACAGACAGCCGAGCCAUUCUUCAACGACCCAGAAUUUACUGGGAAAUGGAAAUCCUUAAAAGUUUUCUAUAAAUAUCGAAAUAAAGAUGAGUUGGUCGCCGCUUGCAAUGAUAUCGACCGAGAAUAUAUUAUUGGCGUAAAAUAUAAAGAUUUCAGCAUUCAAUAAAUUAUUUUUGGCAUAUAA